UUCACCGGUGUAACUUAUCAUCGAAGAGUAUGGCGGCAGCAGAAGCCUCCUCCUCCCUCAAUCCGCGGCGUCCCGACCUGCGCCGCCGGCAGCGCCGCCUCGUAUUCGACCGCCGCUACGGAUGGAUUUUCGAUGAAUGGACGGACCCGGCCGUCGCCGCCCUCUUCGGUGGCAGGGGAAUGUUCUGCAUACUCCCGAUGGCGCAUUCCCUGAUGAGCGCGGCUGCAUCUUCGGUUGACUAUGCAGCAGAUUCAGUUAGGGCAGCUCUUAAACGGCCUGACAUUUUCUCCCCACUGGCAUAUCUCCCUCACCUGCAAUUGCACAGGAAGCAACAAACUUGAUUGUACGGACUUGAGCAAUCUGGAGUCGUAGCUGACGCCAAGUUAAUACCAUGUAGAACUCUUUGUGCCUCGGAGGAUCGCAUUUUGGCGGCAAGGUAGUCUAGUACUCUGUAAACUGAGUAUGGAAAAAAGUGCACAAGUCAGUUCUGUCGGCUGAAACAUGCGUGGCUUCCUAACAAUGUCCUAAAGAUAGCUUGGUCAAAAUCUUGAAAUGCUAGCCAGAUUUGGCCCUGUCUUAUGCAAUUGGGUUUGUAUUA